AUGGCCGGUGCAACAAACACCAGAUCUAAGUCAAGCACGAAUGGGUCUCUCAAGGGGCCCAAGGGUGUCAAAAGUGUAAAUGGGAUCAACGGAAUCAAUGGGAUUAACGGUUUAAAUGGACAUACUACAACUCCCAGGCGGAGAAAUACCAAACAGAAGAAGCGGAGCUUCUUUGCGUGGAGCUUUAACAUUAUCGCAAGGCUAUUAACGUGGUAUUCUAUCUUUACCCUUCUCUUCCGUUGUCCUUCUACUCUCGACGCCUGUGACGACACAACGCCCAAGAUAUGUAAACCCUACUUCCAGGUCAAAUCGGCCGUAACGCCACAUAUCACGCCCUAUUACGAUACUUAUGCUGCGCCGUACGUCGAUGUUGCCAAGCCAUACUACGACACAGUCGACCGUAUUGUCAUCACUCCUGCGCGCACGUAUGCUGUCAAAUAUGGUGGCCCACGAGUUUCCCAGGCCCGAGCUUUUGGUCAGGUCAAGUGGGAAAAGAGCGUGCAACCUAAGCUAAGCGAGUAUCAAGCUAUAGCAAAAGUCCAAUACGAUCAAACAGUAGCGCCUCAUGUUGAGAGUAUCUCUGCUGUAAUAUCUCCUUAUUAUGAUAUCGCGCGGGUCAAUGCUCUACAGACCUACCACGAAUUUGUACUCCCGGCCUACGUAUUCAUGCAGCCUUACGCUGCCCAAGGCUACGAUGCUGCUUAUUCGUUUACGACUGACACUGCAGUUCCUUCGACUAUCUGGGCCUGGAAUAAGACUUACACUUUUCUGGACGCCACAAUCUGGCCUCAUCUACGAGAUGUCUACGUCAUGAAGGUUGAGCCGCAGCUCGUGCGUAUUGGCGAGCGACUAGGGAGAUAUAAUGAAAGAAAGGCCAAGCCGGUGACCGAGGAAGCCAGCUCUUCAAUCUUACCCAAAUCCACUUUUACAAAGCCGAUAGCUUCUUCCAUCUCCUCAUCUGCUGCUUCGGCUGUCAAAACCAUCAUCGAACCUGAACACUCGAGCGAAGCGGAAUCCUUCGAAGGAGCGCCAGAAGUCAAGAUUGAGCAGAAGAAAUCGCGCACGUCGGAGGAGACACGCAAGCUAGCCGCCAAGAUCGCCGCCGAGGAUCUCGAGUUAUGGGAAGGCAAGUUUACCACAGCCGCACAAGAAGGUGCCGCUGAAAUUGAAGACCGCGUGGAUGAGAUCUCGGCCCGCAUGAUCGAAAGGCAUGCCAAUGGUAUGGGUAGGUCUUUAGUGAAGCAACUCGAGGAGACCGCCAGCACCGAAUUACAGAGCCUCAAGAAAUCCAUUGUAUCUAUCUUGGAAAAGCAUGGCAAUGAUAAAGAAAAGAGAGAUGAAGCCCUUUCUGCCGCUGUCCGGGCUGCUGGUCUCAAGAUCAAGGACAAAGCUCAAGAUAUUCGUACCUGGCGUCAGACAUACGAUCAGGAGACAGAAAUUGCGGUUACCAAGGCAGCUCAAGAGCACUACAGUAUCCUUCAGAAAACUCGCGAUCUUGCACUUCAGAGGAUCGGCAUGAAAUGGGCAUGGAUGGACGGUAUCACCUACAAGGAUUGGAAGAAGUAUCACGAGCUGAAGGAACGUUUCGAUGAGUGGACGGAUGACUUCAAGCGCUUGAUUACAACGCACCCUGGUCUUACAUUAGCGCAAUCGACCGGGGCCGAAAUCGAGGACGAGGGUAUGAGCAUUGCGCAAGCUGCCGCUGAGGAAUUGAGUCGACUAAAGCAGGUGGCCACGUGGAAGGCUAUAGCUGGCGAUGCUAGCGAUAACUUCGAUAGCGAAACUGCUGAGUUGGCAGCAAUCUCUGUUGCCCAGAAGGCUGCGCAAAGUGAAGCGUCAGCAGCUCCUCUCGCUGGUGAAAAGAUCGAUAACGAACAGGCGAACCUUAACAGUCCUGAGACCGUCAUAAUAUCACUUUCCCAAACAGAUUCGGAAGACCCUGAUACUUCUUCGCUUGCUCCAACGGAGGGCCUCGCCUCUGAACAAACUGAGAGCGCCACUAAUUCCGACGAGCCGCUACCGUCAUCUGAUCCAAUUGAUGGACCAGAACAAGUUCAGGAAACGAUUGUCGAAUUACCAGAUGAACCAGCCGCACCCGUUGAGCCAGCUACCACUACUACUAUUAAACCUGCCCUCUUCGGCGCCGCAGCCCAAUCUGUACCUUCACGACAACCUAUUCUAGAUGAUGACAUUGUUUCGUCCGCGUCUAGCGCUGCGUCAGUUGUUCAAUCAGAUAUCCCCGCCAGUAUCACAUCGGCCGCGCAAUCAGCAUAUACUGCUGCCGUCGCCGGAGCUGCUGAUCAUUAUUCACGUGCUAUGUCGGCCGUAUCCGCGCAGAUCCGUGGAGAGCCAAAGCCUAUCCAUCAAGCGAUGCUCAGUUCGGUUUCCAGCGCAUAUCUGGGUGCAAUUGCCACGGCCAACUCGAGGCUCAACGCUGCGAUGACAGCUGCAUCAGAGGGCAUAUAUGGCACUCCCACCACACAAUGGAUUCCUAGCAUGCCAACCGUGCCAUCCGUCGAUUGGGAAAGAGUCCAGUCCAUCGCACAACACAAUUUUGACGACUCUUUGAAAUGGGCUUCGGAACAAUAUGAAUCUGCAAAGGUAGCCGUCGGCGCUUCUGAACCAACACCCAGCACGUACCUCGAGGAGGCAGAACAGAAAGCUGAGAAACUUCUCAAUCAGGCUAAGCACAACUAUUAUGCAGGCAUAGGUCUGGCACACGCACGUUAUUCUGAAUUCCUUUCUGCUGCGUCUACAGCCGUGAGCUCUUUAACGGCUACGCCUACGCCAACCAACAUUCAGGAGUCUGCCUCGUCCGUCGCAGCAGUAGCCGGUGAAUCGGUUGCUUCCGCAGUCUCGGUUGCUAGCGAGAACGCCGAGUCCAUAGCGUCGUCUGUCAGCGACUUAGCUUCCGAUGCAAACAACUAUAUAGGGGAAAACUGGGAUGCGCUUGUCAGUCGUGUCAGCUCCCAGGUCUACAGCGCUCCUACGCCCACUCCAUGGUAUGAAAAUAUACAAGUCGCAGCCGGUGACUUUGCUUCCGCUGCGGGUGACUACGCAGCAUCGGCUACGGGCGCGGCAGCGCAUCAAGCUUCAACUGUCACAGUAUUAGCAGAAGACUACGCUUCUUCGGUCAGUAUCGCUGCAGCAUCCCAGUACUCGGUGGUCAGCUCUCUCGUUUCCGAACUCGUCGUUGGUAAAGAGCCACCCUUUACCGAAUCGGUAUAUUCGCGCCUCAUAGGAGCAUACUCAACUGGUGUUGCUUCGGUAUCAAGUCUUGCUAGUGUCGCAUCCGCGACUGCAGUGAGCGCCGCCAGCGAAGCUAGUGAUACGGCUAAGUCCGUCGCCGACGCUGCCGCCGGAAGGGUUGGGGAUACAGUUCAGCACAUCAAAGACGAGCUAUAG